CGUGUAUAAGGAGGAAUUCGGCUUACUUGCCCUGUCAGUUGUGCAGAAUUAAACUCGGAUUGUUUUUUUCCUCUUUUAUAAUGGUCGGAUAAUAAACCACGCGAGAGAUAAAGAUGGAGGGCUGCUCAGAGGCGGACAGUGUGGACAUGAGGCGUGAGCACUGGAAACUCCUGUCCAACCUGAAGACGACCGUCGAAGGACUUCUAUCUACGAAUAACCCGAAUGUUUGGUCUCGCUAUGGAGGACUGCAGCGACUUCACAAAGACAUGAGCAACAUCCUGAGUCAUGGCCUUAAACAUGAACAGGUGUACUAUAAACAGAAGGAUUACUGGCGCUUUGUGUGGUGUCUGCGGUCCAUCAGCCCCAACCUCGCUCCUCAUGUAGAACAGUUCAGUCAGAUGGAGCCGGUGUUAAGCAGCAGUGUUCAGUGUGAGAGUGAUAAAGCCGAGCGUUGGCUCCUCCACAGUCUGCAGAGUCACACGCUCUCUGUACAGCUAAAGCCCUUAAUCACACACCACAACACCACCCGCAAGUACUAUACAGAUGAAGCAUUUCUCUUGAGUGAGCUGCAUGUAGCGGCCAUGUUUCAGUGUUUAGAGGCGGUGGAGCAGAAUGACGCACGGCUGCUUGCCCUUAUCAACACUGCUCGCCUGUGUCACUUGAAGGGGUUUGUUUCUUUGGAUCUGCUCACCACUCAGCAUUGUGUGCUGCCUGGAGUUUCCAUACGUCCACACGCAUCAUCCUGCUUGUCAUUUAGAGACACUCAGACUUCGUACACUGAGAGGAGUACAGCAGUGUCUGUGAGUGCCUUGGGGGCUCCAUGGGCAUGUUUGAGUACAGACCAAAGCAUCUCGGACCCAAUGUUGACUCAGAAUUCUCAGACUGACUCUACCCAUCUCGUUAACUCUGCUUCAUCUGAGGCCGGAGACUGUGAUGGUGAUGACGGUCCAGAGUAUCUUGCCAUCGGGAACCUGGGGAGGCGAAACCGUAGAGGUUCUAGCAUCGCGCCACAAAUCACCGAGCACGCUCCAACCAAAGGGCUUGCCCCCGAAGCUCCGCCCCAUUCCCAAAGACGCAGCAGUUUUUCCGAGAUGGAAAGGGGAAAGAGACGGAGCAGGGGUCACACAAGGUCACUGUCUGACACAGGGGUCAUGCAGAAACAUAAACAAGAGUCUGCUGUAGAUGGGAAGUGUGUGACUGGAUUCGGGCCCUUCUCUUCUCACAGCAGCGACAGCAGUCACAGUUCUCUAUACAUGGAAUCGGGAGGUCUUCAGUAUAGUAGUGUGUCUGAUGGAUUGUUCCGGAAACCGUCAGAGGGUCAAAGUCUUAUCAGCUACCUGUCAGAGCAGGACUUUGGCAGCUGUGCAGAUCUGGAGAAGGAAAAUGCACACUUCAGCAUCUCAGAGUCUCUAAUUGCAGCCAUCGAGUUGAUGAAAUGUAAGAUGAGAGCAGAGGAGGCAGAGGAGGACGGAGACAGCGACUCUGAGAUUCAGCAGCUCAAACAGAAGAUCCGUUUGCGCAGACAGCAGAUCCGUCGCAGCCGCCUACAGACACCCAGCUCUACACACCCCACUCAUCCCUCCACAGACAGUAGUGGAUCAUUGCAGAGCUCCAUGAAUUCCCUGCUUCACUCUGACUCUGGAUCAGCUGAUGAGUUGGAAAACACUUUGUUGAGAGAUGCAGAUGUUAAACAGAGCACAACUUUGAGUGGCAGGUCCUUCAUCAGCUCUGAGUCUGUAUCUCACUGGUUGUUGCAGUCGAACAGUGCUGAGUCUGUUGCAAUGGGGCUGCUGCGUCAGUUUGAGGGUCUACAGCUUCCUGCUGCCUCUGAACUUGAGUGGCUUGUCCCUGAACAGGAUGCUCCUCAGAAGCUGCUGCCGAUGCCUGACUCAUUGCCGAUCUCUCCGGACGACGGUGAACACGCUGAUGUGUAUAAACUCAGAAUCCGAGUGAGGGGAAAUCUAGAGUGGGCGCCCCCGAGACCUCAGAUAAUCUUCAACAUCCAUCAUGCACCCAAGAGGAAGGUGUUGGUGGCGAAACAGAAUUACAGGUGUGCAGGAUGUGGAACUCGUAUUGACCCAGAUUACAUUAAAAGGCUGCGUUACUGCGAGUACCUAGGCCGGUAUUUCUGUCAGUGUUGCCAUGACAACGCAGUGGCCGUAGUGCCCGGACGCGUCCUGUGUAAAUGGGAUUUUGGUAAAUAUUAUGUCAGUAACUUCGCCCGAGACCUGCUGGGAAAAAUUGCUCAGGAUCCUUUGUUUAACCUCCACGCCAUCAACAGCGGCUUGUACAAGAAAGUGAAGAACCUGGAGGCCGUCCGGGUAUUGAGGCUGCAGCUCUUCCACAUGAAGAAUCUCUUUAAAACCUGCCGAAUAGCCAAAGAGCUCAACAUUCUACAACACUUUGAUUCGGUUCCUGCGCACCUAACUGAGGAUCUCCACCUGUUCUCUCUAAAUGACCUGAUGGCCGUACGCUCAGGUGACCUCGCACCCAGACUGCGUGACCUUGUGCGGGUGGGGUCAGAGCAUGUUGCUUCUUGUGUGCUUUGUCAGGCAAAUGGAUUUGUUUGUGAGUUUUGUGGGAAUGAUAAAGAUAUCAUCUUCCCCUUUGAGCUGAACAAGUGUCGUCGUUGUGAGGAAUGUAGCGCAUGUUAUCACCGCUCGUGCUUUAAGAACAAGAGUGUGUGUCCGCGGUGUCUCCGCUUGGCCGAGAGACGGGAGAGAAUGAACAGCUCAAAUUCAGCGGAGGACGAGGGGCAAUAACACACACAGACACAGACGCGCACACACACACAGACAUCACUACUUUCUAUUAAAUGUAUAAUAUGUAAUUUUCACUACAAAAAUGCUGAUUCUGGCCAUUUUGAUAAAAAUCUUUAUUUUUUUAUUUUCAUAGAUUUUUAUAUAUCACACCAGAAAUCAGCAUGUUUAAAUUAUUUUUUCUUUUAUCUUUCUGUCAGUGUGUGCAAGCGUGCCUGUGUUCGUGUGCUGGUCUGUGCGUGUGCAUGCGUGUGUGUGUGUGUGUGUGUGUGUCUGGGUUUAAUCAGGUAACAAAAGUCUCACUAAUGUCUCUGCACCAGGUGCAUUCUGGGUAAUAUAAUAAAAAUCAGGCUUUUUGUUUAACCAGUAUUAAAGCCAAAUAACAAAUCACACACACAAUUUUCUAUACAUUCUAAUCUUCAGUCUAUGACUGAGUGUGUAAAUAACCUCAUAUUUUAAUGACACCACUGUGUGUGUGUGAUCUCAGCUUUCCAUUAACCUGAUGCUAACAUCUCUUCCUGUCAUACAGACCAAUUUGUGUUAAUUUUUUAAUUUAAUUUAAUUUUGGUAUUUAGCCUUGGUGAGAGCUUUCACUCUCGGUCUUCCUUCUGAUACUCUUAACUUUAUCCUAAAAGAUUUUUCUUUUAGAAAAACUAAAAUUAAAAUGCACUACUGAGAAAUUGUAUAUGAAAGUUAAAUGUGAUUAUAAAUUUCCGAUUAAAGACAUUCUGACUGUU